AUGAACACCACCUUGCAGAUCAAGCUCGAAGAGAUGGUGGGGUCUGGGCUGCCUAUCAUAUCCAACCAAAGUCAUGAGAAACCCAACAGCAUAGAGGAGAUCUUGGCCCAUGGAAGGAGCACCAACGGUAGCGUCCUAGGAGAGGAAGUCUUCCAACUGCCCACUUUCUCCACAGCGGCCAAAGUCCGAGUAGCCAUCACCAUCGCCCUCUUCGUUUCCUCUGCCUGCUUCAACAUCACUGUGCUUUGGACCGUCACCCAGAAGUACCAGCGCAGGCCGCACCUGCGUAUUCUUCUCAUGAACCUGGCAAUUGCUGAUCUCCUGGUGACCUUUGUGGUGAUGCCUUUGGAUGCGGCAUGGAAUGUCACCGUGCAAUGGUAUGCCGGUGACCUGGCUUGCCGGUUCCUCAUGUUUCUGAAGCUUGUGGCCAUGUACGCGUCAGCCUUUGUCACUGUAGUGAUCAGCCUGGACCGCCGGGCAGCCAUCUUGCACCCUCUCAGCGUCGGUGAGGCCAAGAGAAAGAAUAAGGUCAUGUUGUGUGUUGCUUGGGCCUUGAGCUUCGUUCUGGCUUUACCUCAGAUGUUUGUCUUCCACACCAUCAGCCGGUCUCAGCCCGUCCACUUCGUCCAAUGUGCCACUGUGGGGAGUUUUCAGGCUCACUGGCAGGAAACCCUCUACAACAUGUUCACUUUUGCCUGCCUCUUUCUUCUGCCGCUGCUGAUCAUGGUCCUUUGCUACUCUCGCAUCUUCGUCGAGAUCUCGGGAAAGAUGAAGAAAGCUUGUGCUUCACCCAAAUCCAGGGAGAUCCACCUCCGUCGCUCCUACAACAACAUUCCUCAGGUGCGCCUGCGCACCCUAAAGAUGUCUGCCAUCAUCGUCUUGACUUUUGUCGUCUGCUGGACUCCCUAUUACAUGCUCGGCCUGUGGUACUGGUUCUCCCCGGAGAUGCUGACCAGGAAGCAGGUGCCUCCUUCCCUCAGCCACAUCCUCUUCCUUUUUGGCCUCUUCAAUGCGUGCCUUGACCCCCUCAUCUAUGGCUUCUUUGCCAUGCACUUCCGGGCAGAGAGCCGGCGGGUCUGCUGCUGCGCUGAGAGGGAGAAGGCGCCAGAGGGACCUUCUGUGCUCACUGCCUCCUUCCAUGCACCCACCACUAGUGGGGGGGCUGUUGAGCCGCCGGGGGAGCACCAGAAGCACAAACCGGAAUCGACCACAGCGGGAGGCAAAAAGCUGAAGAGGAAGGCGACAAUGGCAGAGAGCGUCAUCUGA